AGAACAGUAACGUGUCAACUGAAUUGCUUCGGCUAUUUAUUCGAUUAAAACUACGCACCAUCCCAGUGUGUGGUUCAUCUUCUGUUAUUUUGUUACUCGAGUGCAUUGGAAAAAUGAAAUAUUGCAUUUUCUUCGCCAUUGUGCUGCUUUCAUGUGGAGCAGUACUAUCUGAAAUUCAGGACACUGCGACGCCAUAUAAAAAGAACAUUGCAGCGCGAACAUCAUUCCCGAUAGUAAAUGACUACGUUGAAUUGGAUUCCGGUGAAACUAUGCUAAAAACAGAUCCGAAUAUUACUUUUCCAUACAGCAAGGUGCCAUUGGGUCGUCAAAAUUUUGACGACGAAUCCGAAAAUGCUAUUAAUGACCAAAUUGCAAUGGAGUUGUACGCCUCGCACGUGUACCUGACGAUGUCCUACCAUUUCGACCGCGAUGACGUUGCUCUGCCUGGGUUCGCCAAGUUUUUCAAGAAAGCCUCGGACGAAGAGCGGGAACAUGCUGAGGGUUUAAUGGGUUACCAGAACAGGAGAGGAGGUAGAAUUGUAAUGAAAAGUGUUCCGCAACCAGACAGAGAUGAUUGGAAUACCGGAAGAGACGCGAUGUGGCAAUCUCUGGUAUUGGAAAAAGAAGUAAAUCAGCAGCUGUUACGAUUGGUUAAUCUGGCUGAGAACAAAAAUGACCCUCACCUUGCCGAUUUCAUAACAUCGAACUACCUCAAAGAGCAGGUGGAGUCCAUUGCCGAAUUUGCCCGACACAUUUCAAACUUAGAUCGUGUUGGACCGGGACUCGGUGAAUACAUGUACGACAAAGAGACUCUUCAGUAGUGAGUGCUUGGAAUCAAGAGUAAUGAGCGCCCUCAGCGUACAUCUAUGUCAAUGGUCAAUUUUCGUCAAAUUACUAGUAAAAAUUGUAUCUAGUGUUAUUUCAAAUGAAAUGUUUCAAUACACAUUAAUAAUUAUUACACCUUUAACACCUUAAUACAUGCCUAUUUAUUGUAAUUGAAUAACAUGGUUAAUACAAGUGAUAUUGUCAGCUUAUAUUCUCAGGCAUUGGUUUUAAAACAAGAACAAACAGAGAACGUUAAUUAAAAUUGAAAGUCUGGGUAAUAAUAGUCGACUUCCAGCUAUAAUUAAAAGAAUGAGAAUGAAAUUAGAAAUGGCAGUAAUCGUCUAAAAAUUAAAUAUAAUAUUUGAACGUAUGUAGCUGUUUGAUAGAAUAAAUCUGUUAUGCGAAA